AAAAGCGUCGUGGAACUGUCAGUCGAGGCCUGCGGCGAGGGUCCCGGACCCUGUGUACGAGAGCGGCCGCUUCCAGCCAGCAGCGUCCGACACCCUGCUCGCCACUAGGACCCAGCGGAGUGUACCCGCACCCCAGUCCCCGUGUGCCGCCGCAGUGGCUCCCUUCGGCUCCGUGUUCGUCGAUCCUCGUCGGCUGCCCGUGUGCUCGUGGUAGUGUGUAGCGGCAAGCAGCAGACCGGCGCGCGCGCGUUGCUCGUUCCCUCAGUUUCGCACGGCACGGGAGCUCCCAAUCGGUCCUGCCGUCGCGCGCCAGUGCGGUUGUGUCACGACCAUGAUCAUGGAAACCGACAGCCAGCAGAGUAACUCGGCCAGCCCCAACGAAGCGGCCCACGACCCCGGGAAAAUGUUCAUCGGGGGCCUGAGCUGGCAGACCGCGCCCGAAGGAUUACGGGAGUACUUCAGCAAGUUCGGGGACAUCACAGAGGUCAUGGUCAUGAAGGAUCCAACGACACGGCGCUCUCGGGGUUUCGGAUUCGUCACCUUCUCGGAUCCCGCCAGUGUAGAUAAAGUUCUAGCAAACGGUCCACACGAAUUGGACGGCAAAAAGAUUGACCCCAAAAUUGCCUUCCCAAAGAGAGCGCAUCCAAAGGAGGGGCCCCCCGAAACGCUGGCGUUACAGGUAGCCCUUGACAGCAAUGUAAAUAGCUAUCUAGCGUACGCUUCGGUUUUCGAGGAGAUGGUGACCCGAACGAAAAAGGUCUUCGUCGGCGGUCUCUCGGCUCCCACGACGCUGGAGGACGUCAAAAACUACUUCCAACAGUUCGGCAGGAUAGAAGACGCAAUGCUGAUGUUCGACAAGCAGACAAACCGGCACAGGGGUUUCGGGUUCGUGACCUUCGAGAACGAGGACGUGGUAGACAAAGUGUGCGAGAUUCACUUCCACGAGAUCAACAACAAGAUGGUGGAAUGCAAGAAAGCGCAGCCUAAAGAAGUCAUGAUGCCCAACAACGUGGCACGGGGAAGAGGUGCCGAACUUGUGUGGCCCUUGGGUGCUCUAACCGAAGCAGCGGGCUUCCCGGCCUAUGGCUACGGCCGCGGAGGCUACCCGGGCUACCCUGGCUUCGGCUACCCCUUCGCAGUCAUGGUGAUGGCGGCGGCGACAUGCCCGGAGGCAGGAGACGAGAACAGCUCGGCGGCGGGGUUCGGACUAUUCGCGUUUCCCGCCGCCUCGGUCGACCACCAGGUGGCGGCCUUUUACGCCCCCGAGUUCUGCUCGGCGGCAGCUAACCCUAGCCCUCCGUCUUCUGCUGGCUCGGUGCCCGCUCUGCACCAGGACUCCGCCGGGCUCCACGAGAGCGCAGUGGAACUGAAUGGGCAACAGACAUCACCACCUCUACUAACACAGGCCCUCUCAGCUAACAGCCCAGGCCCUAUGGACAUGUACAGCUCAAGCCAGGACAGCGUGAGCUAUGUGCAGGCCACAUCGCCGCAGCCUUCAGGAUUCCCGCCCCUUACAGUCAGCAUGGGCCCCCUGAUGGCAGCUGCUUUCACCAAUGGCUAUCACUGAAGAACCUGGUCUGGUCUGCACUCCACUGUCCCCAGGCAAUACAGGAAAGCAUGCUGCCGAAGGCAUCAGCCCAGGAUCCUGCGGGUGGAUUCAGUGGAUUGCUUUGGACUCCUUGGCUUCCUGUUGCUGUUUGGCGAACCCCCCCCAUGCAAGGGUGGAUCGGGCUGAGGAGCGCGCCUCAGGCUCCUGGCUCCACCGACGCCACAUUUUUUCUUCAACUUUUGCUGUUGCUUCACUACUGUUUGUAUGACAACGACUCUCUCUCUCUCUCUCUCCGUCUGCUCUUCCCUUCCGAGCCGACGUCCCCUGCCUUCCUCCUCCGGGUUUGGAUGCACACUCCGGUCGCAGAGAAAACUGCCGCUUCGUCGUCACUCGUGGUGCCAGCAUCCUCUCUCUCUUCCUCUCCCCCCUCUCAGAUCGUUCUCUCGCAUUUCACUGCAAUCCAAAGUAGCGAGGCUGCUGGCUGUCAGGAAGUGUCGCAAUGCUAUUGAAGGCAACAAAGUUACGUUGUGUGUUGGCCAUCUUGUUAGCAAUCCACGUGUUCUCUGUGUGGUGCCCUCAAAUGUCGGCUUAUCGACACCCCUCUCUGUAGACAUCCUCAUGCUGUGAGAGCGAGCUGUGCCCCAGACCCCGUCGGCACACUUUUUCAGUCGCUGCUGUGAUGCUACGUGAAAUCCUUUGCAAAUGUAACCCUCUUUUCCAAACUAUGUGCUCUAAAUAAGGUCCUCCUUGAGUCUUAUCUAGUGGAUGACUCUCUAUGCUCUUCCUUUCUCUUUCGGUUUAAAAAACAAAUUAAGCAGUAAGGUGGCAUUGUAAGAACUAUGAAGAAAUCCACUAUUGGACACAAUCAUGUUUCUGUCCUCGCUCUUUCUCGACAUGUCAUUCAUAGUGAUUUCGUGGAACAAUGCUACCUCACUCCGACUUCAUCAGGCUGCUUCUCGAAAACCAAGUGACGCCCUUGAGGCAAAGUCUUGCACAUGAAACGAGAUGUUUGUUAAUUAUUGUAGCACAUCGUGGACGUGUGAUGAUGUGCCUGUUGAUCGACGUUAGGCAUGACUGUAUGUGUUUCCCCAUCUCUUUUUCUCACUGCUCAUGGUGAAUCGCACAAUGCCCUCUUUCUCUUUUCUUCGUCUUUGCAUUGUGAGAGCCCCGACGUUAUAUACAUAUUGUAGCGUGUGACGAAAUACCAAAACGCAGUUACGGGUAAAGAUCCUGUGCUGCCAUUUGUCUCUUUCGGAAAGUGUGUUCCUGUUCUCACGAUUGCAUUCCUGAAAACACACAAUGUUUUCCCUGUGUUUCCCAUCACCUUCUUUAUGGCUGGCUUUGUACGUACACCCGUCUCCUUCCGGUUAUGAUCCUGUACACCUCACCCAUGAAUUUCGAGACUGGCAGAGUUAAUUUUUCCUCCUUAUUUAUUCUCUCGCAAGCGCAGCCCAUUUUUUUGCAUAACAAAGUGUUACAGUGUACAGUGUAAAAUGGACAAUAAGUAGGAACUGCCUAGCAUGAAGAGGGCUCAGCAUGUGCACAAGCAAUACGGAGUGUCUUUCGGUAAUAAUUUCCAUGUACAUCUCAGCCUUUUUGAAAUGCACCGAUGAGUCGAUGUUCCAAUUCUGAUGCUAACCGUUUCUUUGACUUCCACACAUAAUGUCAAAACGUGUAUCGGCCUGUGUUCACCGGCUACUGUAAUCCUUAUCACCUACAGUGUACUCCACAUAAAGAAAAACAAUUUUCGAACACCAAAAUUACAAGAAACAAUUUCUCUGGUUCCAUCCCACACUGCAAAUCAAAGUAUACUGGAACUUUAUAUUUAUGCUAACUUGUAUAGUGCACUGCAUUUGGCCAUUACUUUCUUACCAUGAAUAUCGCACAUACGUACCAUGCUUUGCAGCCUAUGUCAUUGUACAUUUGCAAUUGUUUUUUUUUCUUAAAACUCACAUGUUUACUCUAAUUAAUCAAUUCAAGCUCCAUGUCAAAGUUACAAUAUUUAAAGGUGUUCCAAGCCAUAGCUAAAAUAAACCAUCAGAUAUUUAAAAACUCUACCAAAUAUAUUGUCGCAAAGUGUAGGAAACUUUUUUAUUUAUUAAAAAUGAAUUUCAAAAUCAUUCAAACAUUUACUGGCAAUACAUGAUCUGUUUGGUGUAAAAUAAGCGUACUGAGAAAAAGUCUUUCAUGACAGGUCAAAGAAAGAAGAUGAAGGAUAAGCCUUUAAAGCCUACAUUAAACAUUACUUGAAGUUUUCCAGUUAUUUUUUGAUGAAGGAUACAUUUUCAGGGAAAGAGAGCGUGCGACAAGUUCAUAGCGACAUUGUUGUUAUGUCUCAUUCGUUUCAUUCACCCCAACCACCCUCGUUGUUCAUCUCGAUUUUUUUCUACAACUUAAUGUCACCUUGUACGUCUCAUCGUCAUUUUGUGGUUAACUUUGUCCCUCUUUUAUACUCAAGAUUUGAGUAUGUCAUCCAAACAGUUUGUUGAUGUUCCCACAAAAAAAAAAGAAAAAAGAAAAACACUCUAAUGCAGAUGCCUUAUUUGUAAGCCCACACAUUUAGCAUAAAGCCUGCAACUAAAAAUGGUGCAUUUUGAUGAGCUAAUGCCGUGCCAAGAAAUUUCUAUCAACCCGCUCUCCCAUUUUGGAGCAAUGUAAACUAAACUAAAAGCUGUCGACAACAAAAAGAUGCAGGAUGAGAAUUUAAAAAAGUUUACGACUUCAGCUUGUAGGUUUCUUGCCAAUGUGUGUGCUUUUUUUAUAUAGACAUACCAAGCUUUUAAAAUAUAAAUAAAAAGCUUUUUGAUGCUAUGAGCGAAACAAACUAUAGUACAGCAAUUACUUGAUGAAAAUACAUGUCUUCCAACAGGUAGAAAAUGGUAGAUUCAAAUAAAAAGUAAUAAUGCUGAUAUCACGGGGCUUACAUUGAUAAAUUUCUCUUUUCGUUACUGCAAGAAACAACUGGGAAUUAUGGGAGCAUUGCCAGCUUUAGUCCCUGCACAACAGUUUGGUUGCCAGGCCUUUUUAAACAUUUUCGAAAUAGCCACUGAUGCAUCUGUCUUACUAGUACUUUUUAUAGCUUCAUUUUUAAUAGCCACUGAUGCAUCUGUCUUACUACUACUUUUUAUAGCUUCAUUUUUAAUUUCAUAAAACUAUUUUCACAAUUCUUUCAUGUAAAUUUUGCUUAUCUGAGCACAGCAUACACAUCUUUGUUUCAUUAUGAGUUACAAAACAACUACAGCCUUUACAUUUUUUCGGCAUUACCAAUGCUCUGUCAAGGUUCGACUUUCGUUGGCAACACUUCUCUACGCAUCUUUUCUCUUAUUCAUGAGCCACAAAUUAGGAAAUAAAAAUAUCAGGAAACAGGACUUCUGGGAGCGGGACAUGAAGAAAGCAUCUUCUUUCUGAUAGAAUUUGCAAAUUUUCUGACUCGCUUCCCUGCAGAAAACACAGCCUGAAACUACCCUGAGGAACACUGCACAACUGCGGGUGCUCAUCCACAUCGCUCACUUCCAAAUGCAGGGCAGCUUUGGAUGCCAGCAGGCAUUGGUUCGAGGCUAUUUGAUAAUCAUUUUUCCUCUCGCACUCUCGUGCACCGUUUAUUUGUUCCUUCGCAAGUUGGCUUAACAUAACGACGACUGCCCGCACAGUUAUCAGGUUCAGCAGUUACGAGGAAAACCAUCGAGACCAAGAUGCAGUCGCAACACAGGCACCUUGAAGGCAGCUGCCAGAAUCGCGAGAGGCUGGAGUAUUCUUGCACGGUUGGCUUUCUUUUUGUGAGAUAGACAGUGCAGACUCAACCAACACAGAUACAAGCUGUUUCAAUUGUUACAACUGACCUCUCUUUCUGAGUCACUCUAUGCAUGUUCUACAUUGCUAACCCAUUCUUUUUCUCCCUCCCGUGGUUAUGUAUUGUCACGGUGGGUCUGUACAUAUGAGCAAUACACAACUAUGUAUGUCUGUGUGUACAUAUAUAUGGACGCAGUCCACGACACCAAAGACGCACCGGUGGAAAAGCUUUGCAAAUGAGACACGUACCGCUCGAUGGCAGGAAAUGCAAAAAAGAUUAGGCAACCUAUUCUAUCAAGAGGAUUCAAAGUUAAGCUAGCCUGAAAAAAACAAACAUAUUUUUGUAUCGCCGCUUGCAAAACCUGUGUGUGUGUUUUGUUUGACGAAGUGAAAACAUAGGUAGGCUACACAACUGCUGCAUGUUUUCCCCCUGGCAAGUCACGUGAAACACUGUUCAGCUGUGACAGUCAUAACCUCGGCACGCGUAAACAGGGGGCAGGAAGAAAACCUUUGUGGGAAACAUUUGUUACACCAGGAAACUGGUCUAAGCUAUUUAAUUUCCUUUCCUCGGAAACGACCAACAGCUCUCAAUUUGUUGAAUGUGUGCAGCUUUUAAUUUUGAAACACAGUGUACUUCGCAAAGGCAAUAUAUAAAAGCUAUUUAUACUUAUACAUGCAUAACAGUAAUAAUUGAGCAUUUUAUUAAAAUUCAAGCGAUGGAGAAAUUAUAACCUAAUUGUAGUGGCAUUAGUCCACAAUACACAAUAAUUUGCAUCCCACCUCAAAGGUGAAUGUACCCUGGAAGAAAACAUAGGGGUGUAACUGCUCUCUAAAUAAUGACCCAUAAGAAACUUAAUGAGCUUUGAUGAAGAAGGAGCAUUCUUCUGCACUAAUUAUGGCAUUUCCAUCUCCUCUUAAACUGCAUAAGAAACCCUUGAACAGUGACUAUCGUACAGAGCAAUAUUCAAUAGGACAAAAGGAGUUAUGCCUGUGUAUAUUUAUCCAUUUGCAAGAACACAAUCCCAAAAGAUUUGACAGUCUACACAUAUACACCUAUUUACUGGAGUAUACCAUACGAUCAGUCAUUUCCCGGUUCGAUACUUGUGAAGCCAGCAGUUCUGUCACACAUAUAUAUAUAUAUAUUCCUAUAUAUAAAUACAAACACACAUACAAAUACCUGGAUGAGGAAGCAUCCCAUGUCUCUGCACAUAUGUUUGUACAUAAUGUAUGUGUAUAUGUUCACGUCUGGAAAAAUUCCAUAAUAUCUGCCUUAUAUUGUGCUAUAUUUAAGCCACUGUGGCAAAGUCAACUCUUUAAGGGACACCACAGCUGGGUCUAAGAAGCAAUAUGAUGUUACAAACAUAAUUGUAUGUACAUAUAUUUAUAUAUAUAUUACCAACGUAUAUAUAUAUAUAAAUAUAUUAGAUUGUGAUUGUCAUGUGCCAUGUGUGUGUGUUUCAAUAAUUGUUGUGCGACGCUGUAAGAAAAACAAUUUUGGGGGAAACAAUUCCAUGCCACCAUCUUCCUAUUAAAAGACUUACAUGUAAAGACUGAGAAGACUGAAGUGAACUGUGGCGUCAACUAUGGCAAUAUACAUAAAUAUACAUAUAUAUAUAAAUAUAUAUACAUAAAACAAAAAAGACAUUCAUAUAAGCCUGCACUUCGAUAUGCACCGUAAUCGUAAAGUCUCUAGUUACUUGCAAGCUAUAGUAUAUGAACCUAUAUUACUGAUGUACUGGCAUGUAAACCUCACCUAAGAGCACCUGCUGUGUGAAAGUCACCUGAAGUCUCCAAGAAAAAAAAUUCACAUCAAUGGCAAAAGCAUAAAUGUCGCUCCUUUCACUUUCUUCCCAAGUAUUCAUUCUCUCUGUGUAUGCAGUGCUAGGUUUCCCGUUCUGUUUCUUGUUUCCCUCAUAAUUUUCUUAAACGCAAUUUUUUUUCUUCUGGAUGUCUAAACGACAUUAAUCAACUUCCCAAAACUGUUGAAGCAAGGGAUGAAGGUGUUGGAAUUCACGAGGAAGCAAGAAUGUCACCGAGUUCAAUUGGUACAGAAGGAGAUUUGCUGUGGUGUACUUUUUCCCAUGCACAUUGGUUUGGUGAAUCUGACGUCCACCCUCAGUCCAUUCGUGUGUACACCGAAAACACCACUGUAGUGUCCAGGGGCACCCUCCACGGCCCGUUUUGUCGUUUCCGUGAAUGCCAUCUUUUGUUCUUUUUUUGAGCGAACUAUGAUUGCAUUUGCUGCCACUUUAAGGCAUUGUCUUCUAUCAUUGUCCUCUUGCCACUCUCUCCCCUCACAGAGGGUUGACGACGAUUUUUUCCUACCAAACAACGAAUUCAUUUUAUCGAAACGAAGAAUCCAGCAACGGUCUCUGGAGACGUACCCGGCUCCUUUUCUCUUCUGUUUUGCAGUGUGUUUGUAAACACGUUGCCAACUACUACCUACAAGUUUUGUACAGGAUUUUUGGUUAGACAAAGAUCAGCAAGAAAUCACAGUGAAGAACGUUGACUGUACAAAAAGUAUACCUGCUGUACACCGUAGCUAGGAUUUUUUACAAUUCUGUUUCACGAGAGGGAAAACUAUGUAUAAAAAUACUUGUUGCAUUGCCCUUUAUAUGUAUUUAUAUGUAUACAUGGAAGGGAGAACAUGGAAAAACAAGAUGAAUAUAUUAGAUAUGGCAAAGCUAGACCUUGUUGUUCUCACUUUGCUUAGACAUAGAGUUCUUUGAAACCAAAGCUGAACAGAGAAGCUACCAAACUAAUAUAUAUUUUACAAGGUGUGAAUGGCAGGCAUGCUUUUUUGGUAUCUCGUCUGUUAUCGCUGAUGUUCUCGAUGUGCGCUUCUCAGCGAGACUGUGUAUGUGUGUGCCGAAAGAAAAAAGUGUCAGCCUGUACUGCAUUUGUUUGCCCACUUUUAAGUUUGGGUUUAUCAUGCCCUCUUUACAUCAACCUGAUCGAUUGAGUUUGCUUCAUCGACAAUAAAACCUGACUCUUGGUUCCGA